AGCAACAUCCGGUUAGGUUGUCGCUCUCUUGUGUUGUCAUUUCCAAAAACAUGUACAUCAUGUCCAGAGUGGAGAACUUCUUGUGUUAUUCUGAGAGUUGAUUCCCUUCACGAUGAGUAACCCUUGUAGAGAAGUCAUCACUCUCCAGUUGGGACAUUAUUCCAACUUUGUCGGGACUCACUGGUGGAAUCUACAGGAUGCGUCUUUAUCAUAUGAUCCAGAAGCACCACCAGGUGAAGUCCAGAGCGAUGUCGUGUUUCGAGAAGGACAGACUCAUGGCGGACAUGUCACGCACACACCUCGCCUCAUUGCCAUGGAUCUCAAAGGGAGUCUCAGGACUCUACGGCAGGAGGGAUGCCUGUAUGAUCCCGGCAAAGACACGUCCGCUGUCACUUGGGAGGGAAGCAUCACGAUGCACCAAGAAAGUCCUCUAGCCAAGAACCCCUUUCUUGAAGAUCUGGACAAGUUGGACAGAGGGGAGAUCCUGGCUGAAGCAGACUUUUACUCCAGUCCUCAGCCUCACUGCUCAGGUGCCCUGAGUGUGGACACCGUGAACAGCCAGCUGGCUCGAAUGCAGAAGGCCUACAGGCUGGAGGGCAGCGUGAAGGUCUGGUCCGACUUCCUCAGGAUCCACCUGCACCCUCGCACCAUCUCCGUCAUCCACCAGUACAACCACGACGGGGAGGCUCAUCGUCUGGAGGCGUUCGGUCAGGGUGAGGCUCUCCUGCAGGGCUCAGUGCUGGAGGAUCUGGAGGAUAGGCUGCACUUCUUUGUAGAAGAGUGUGAUUACCUUCAGGGUUUCCAGGUUUUGUGCGACCUGGCUGACGGCUUUUCAGGCCUGGGGUCAAAGGUCACAGAGAUGCUGCAGGACUCUUAUGGAGGGAGAGGCAUCCUGACCUGGGGGUUAGCACCUGUCAGUCACCCGAACUCAACUCCCAUGAAGGACCUGUACCACAUGUUGAACUGCACGUUAGGGACGGUUCACCUGGCCAAUCACAGCUCUUUCUUUUGCCCGCUGACUCUGCGUGGGGGAUUUGGAAGAAGGCCCUCGCCUCCUGCAGCGUUUCCUUACCUAAAUUAUGAUCCCUCCCUGUGGUUCCACUCCAGCGCCGUCCUGGCUCUGGCCCUUGAUGCCCUCACUUUGCCUUACAGGCUGAGGAACAACAGCGUCCCCAUGUGGCAGGUGGCAGACACACUGGCGGUAUCUGGUAGAAAGGUGGUUGCUGCUUAUGGUGCAGUCCCCUUUCCCAUGAUGCACGGCAGCUCUCUCCCCGACGCACUGGGUGCCUGCAUGGAUUCGCUGCCGUGGAAACCUCUGUCGGCUUGUCCUGAACUCGGGGACGGUCGAUGCUACGGACAGUGGACGACGCUGAAGGGCUUCGAGGGUCAGAGACUGAUCAGCUCUCUGGCUCCAGGGAUCAAACCACCCACUCCUCUGCACAGCCUCCACAGCGAGGAGGACGUCCUGGCCUCCUACAUCAGAUCCUUCUAUCCUACAUCUCCUCUAGCCCUUCAGCUGGUGUCUUCUCCCAGUAAGCUGACACCACCUUUCCCUCAGAUAUUCAGCCGCUCGUUCGGUGCUCAAGGGUUUCUGCAAAGCCAGUCUCCACCACCCGGUUCUCCGGCCCCUUUAGUCGGCUCUGUGCCCGUCUUGACGUCCCUCCAGUCCGGUCCUGCCCUCGGCCCCUGGCUGUCAGAGCUGCAGCGAGGCGUCAGGGCUUUCGACAUCCGCCGCGUGGCCCCCAGCUUCCUCUCCCAGGGGCCUGAAAUGGCUGAUUACGAGGACGCCCUGGAGCAGCUUCACUUGCUGGCCCGGUGUUACCGCGAUGACAGCAGCGGGAUGAUGCACUCGUCCUCAGAGGAGGAUGACGAUGAUGACUAAAAAUUGGCUUCUGGAUGAAACCCUGACUGCUGCACUCGGGGAGGGAGAGAGAGAGGAGCUGUGCUUCUAGUGUGUGAGGGACAAGGACUGAAUUACUCGCUAACAGAAGACACGAAAAGGCAACUAAUGUUACUGAGCCUGCAAGACACCGAUGAGGGAAGAAUGACAAGAAGGAGCUCUUAAAGAGAUACACGUAUUGUAGCAUCGCAAGACUGUAAGGACUGUGGUUGCAUUAUGUCAAAUGACUGUAUAUCUGUAAGGUUUUUAUACUGAGUGCACUCUAUAAAAUGACUGUAUUUACAUGAAGA